CAAACCUUCCCAUAGAAAAAGAAAACCACAUACAAAAUCAGCCACAACUUUUUCAAUAAUGGCGAACGAAAACUCGAGCUUCCAAGAAUUAGCCAUAGGAACUACGGUUAGCUUCAAAAGGGGGAGUACCGGAGAGCGGUUUCAUGGAUCGGUCUUCUAUUUUAGCCCACAAUUAAAUGGUUCCCUUUUUGGAAUCCAGAACGUAGGUGUGUGGAGGGUGGAUGGAAGAUAUGAACGUAUCUCAGGGUUUAACCACUUCAAUCUAAACGACAUCACGGAGUUGCAAGUGAAUGUAGUUCCUAGGCAAAACCCCAACACUCAGGAUGCUCAAAACAAUAAUAAUAAUGAUGGAUCUUCAUCCAAGUCAAUUGAGAGCAAAAUGGGAGCCCUCCGCCUUGAUCCACCUUCGAAGUGACUUG